GCUUGUUUACAUAUAGGAAGGUGUGACUGCUCUCAGAGGUGUGUUUGCCUGCAAAAACUAAACCCGACCAGGACCAGCGACUGUGGCUGCUGCCUGCACAAUCUCGCUACUUCCAUACUCCUUGACUCCAGUCUACUUGAAUACCUCGCAUGACUCGCUUUCUGCACUUCCCAGCUCAACACAACGCCUCCAUACAGCAUCAACCAUCGACCAGUCAUCAUGGCAGAGCCUUUCCCCCGACUGCGGCCUCUGUCCCCUGAGGGUGCCCUGCCGACCCCUCCAGAUUCACCAAGAAAGCGUCGACGGGAGCUUCGAGAAUCGGACGACGCGAGUGGUCAUAUAUCGAUCGAGCACUACCUAUACCGCAGCGAUCCAUAUCGCUCAACGAGCGUCUCGAAUCCUCUGCCAUAUCCUCUUCUUUCUAAAGACGCCCCCGAACCAGUCCGAGCGCGGGUUCUCGCGUAUCACGCAGACAUCCUAGAAAUCCUUCGAGACCAUGGAUUCCACGAUCAGCCUGCCUUCGAGGUUGUCGAAGACACCAAACCGGGUUAUCCAGGCGGGGAAGAGCCUGUAACCAUGUUGAGACUCCUGUUCCGUCUCCAGAUGGUGGUCCCACGGGUCCUAGGUCCUGCCAAGGAUGCGAUUUAUGACUUCCUUUUGACUCGGGAUAUCUACGACGUCCACGUGGAGAUUGUCCACUAUGAUCUGUGUUUUAAACCCUCGCUAUUUGCGAUUGAUCCUAACCAUAAGGCGGUCGAAGCCUACGAAAGAGCAAAACUCGGGCUCGUGGAACAGCUUAAUACCAACCUGGGUUCCUCUUGGAGGGUCAUGUGUCUGUUCAAUUUUGGACUGACAGAGGACAAGGCAGUACCAGCUGUUGUCAUUAUGGUAGACCCUGGCGUGUAUUGUGAUUUCGCGGUUCUCGAGAUCUCUCUGCGACGGCAAGUGACAACCGAGAUCACCAUUGAGUUCCUGCCGGGAGGCAUGUCUCUAUCGAGUCCGGAACCGAAGCAAAAAGAGGCACAAAAGUCUAGCCCAGGUGUAAUAUUCUUGUCACGCAUGAGGUGUGACUCACGUAUCGAAAUGGGAUGUUCGAUAGGAGUUAGGGGUGAAAGGGGAGGGGGCACGAUGGGGGGGUUCGUUACUUUGACAGAGAAUGGACUUGUCCGCAAGGGAGUUCUCACCAAUUACCAUGUUGUGCAGCCGCCCAGUUCUGCGGAUGAGGACGUGAAACUUCUGGCUGAUCGCCAUGGGUCCGCCAUUUCGAGGCCCGACCAAACCCAAGUCGAUGUACUCUACUUUGCAGAAAAAGACAUCGAAGCAACCUUGCAGGACGCCAACGAGCACGUUGCCUCUCUUGAAAAGGAAGUGCAGAAGUUGCGAGCAGAGCAAGAAGAAUGGGUAGCCGUCGGCGCACGAAUACAUCCCUAUAUGGAAACUCGGCUUGGCAUUAAUGAGAAAGCAUUGGCAGAGACCAAAGAGAAGCUGGCGGUGGUCAAAUCUAUGCCCUUGCCCAUAGGCAAGGUGUUGGUUUCGUCGGGGAAGUCCAUCGUCUCGAAGAAGAUCAUUGACUGGGCGUUUGUCGAGGCUGAUUCCCCCGAAGUAUUCGGAUCAAAUACAAUGCCUCACAUCCCGCUGAAGAAGCUCCCAUCCAUGUACGGCCAUCAUCUGGCUGUGGCUCCAGAAGGAUCGGUUUUAGGGCCAUUUGGGAAGCUUGAAAAGGGCGCCUACUACGUCAAGGUAGGCAGGACGACCGGUCUCACAGCCGGUAUAUGUAACGGAACACUGGCUUAUUGUAAUCGGCCUAAGGAAGACCAGCUCCGCUAUGAUGAGCAGGGCAACGAGGUCAACGUGGCGUCGAAUCUGACAGAGGAGUAUGUCAUUCUCGACAAGUCCACCGGCGAGCCCAUGCAUGCCCAGACAUCGUUCUGCAUUUCGGGGGACUCGGGUUCGUUCGUUCUGGAUAACAUGGGGCAGAUAUGUGGUCUGCUGUACGGAGAGCUGUCUGGAGCAUGUGGUCCUCCCGGCGGUCCGAUCACUGAGACAAUCUAUGUCCACGCUGGGCUGGCGACGUCGAUGAGCGACGUCAUUCAGUCGGUGCAAUAUCGCACCACUCCCAGAGAUGGGAAUGGGGUAGCGACUGGGACGCCCGCGAUACUCGGUCUUCCCGGAUUCCUGUAAACGACAUGGUCGUCUUCGCCUAUCAUGGAACAUUAGCUACGAGAAAAGAGGCUUAUUGCUAAAACUUAGCUAAGAAGAACCUGGUUUAUGACUGCUUCUAGAUUAGUGACUCUUAUAGGAACACAUCUACUUGUAAGGAAGGAAUACAAAACUUGCACUGUAAUUAUAUAUAAAGAGCGGAUCCAUUACUGUUCCAAACACGAACAUCAUAUCCUGACAUUAUGCGCGUGAUGCCCCCCAAAAAACAAAAGAAGACCACACCAAUAUAUAUAUACCAAUAUCAUACUACAGUAAUCAAACACUAACGUUUUUCUCCACUUCAGAAAAGACAUCCACCCACGUAGUGCUGUUCCCACUUGGUUUCC